AUGAUUAUUGCUUCUUGGAAUUGCAGGGGAGCUGGUAGCCGAAGCUUCCCCAUUUUGAUAAGAGAUAUUGUUACGAAGUUUAAAGUGGACAUUCUCUGCCUUGAGGAACCACGUGUUAGUGGAAACAGAGCGGAUAAUGUGGUGAAGAGGUUGGGCUUUUCUCACUGGAUAAGAGUAGAAGCCAGCGGUUAUUCAGGAGGGAUCUGGCUUUUGUGGAACAGUACGGAGGUCUCUGUUACUUAUAUAUGUUCCUCGGCGCAAUUCAUCCAUUGUAAAGUGAGCAACAGAAGCAAUCCGAAUGGAGAACUCAUUACUAUUGUUUAUGGGGAGACGAGCAUCGCUGGAAGAAUGAUGCUUUGGGACUCCCUGAGACUGAUUGCUGGCACGGUUACAGAACCCUGGCUGGUUUUUGGGGAUUUCAAUGCCUACAUGUCGCUAGGGGACAAGGAGGGAGGAAGCAGACCAAAUGAAGCAGUCAUGGCACCUUUUCGGGAGUCAUGGACAGAAAGUUUUCCGAGAACCUUUGUUACACACGAGCUUCGCUUCAAAUCUGAUCAUAGGCUCCUAGUUAUAAACUCGGAUAAUCAUGAGAACAGCAAGAGGAGACAGAGAACUUUUGUGUACCAAGCAGCUUGGGAGCUUGAAGAUGAUUUUAAGGAUGUUAUCUCGACAGCUUGGAAUGGCAAGACCUGGCUAGAGGGUGUUAAAACUUUCCACAAGGAGGCAUUGAAAUGGCAUGAUCAGCAGGUGGGAAAUCUGGUUAGGAGAAAAAAGGAGUUGAUGAAGAGAUUGGUAGGAAUCGAUAGGGAAAGAAGAUUACAUGACCACCCGGGGCUUAGAAGGUUGGAAGAGAAAAUUUGGGGGCAGUACCAUAAAACUAUACUACAAGAAGAAAUACAAUGGUACCAAAGGUCGAGAUGCAAAUGGUUACAAUGGGGGGAUAGAAAUACCCGAUUCUUUCAUGCGUCCACCAUCCUCAGAAGGAAGAAACAGAGAAUUGAGGCGUUGAAAAAUGAGAAUGGAGAGUGGGUAGAGGACCCUGAGUUUAUGAAGCAGAUGGCUUGUGAGUUUUAUAGGAACUUGUACACCAGGGACUCGAGUUUUCAAUCUGUUCCAAACUGGUAUGCAAAAUUUCCAUAG